AUGGCUUCCAUACGUACUUCUCCGCUUACCCAAUCGAAAAGCAAAGGCAUUGUCACUGACAAGUCAAGCAGUCUUGAAGAGACACAUCAGUUCAGCCACAAGGCCUCAUGGGACAGUGACUCAAUUCGAGUUUUCCUGCAGUUGAUUGCAAAUGAGAUUACUAAAGGAAAAUCGCCGAUUCCUGGUCCUCAGCCAAGCAGGUGGCAAGCGUGGAAAAAGUUGAUGGAUUCAGGCAAAGGAGUGUCAAGGAUAGGGUUUGACUGUGACAUCGGUCUGUUUCAGGCACCUAAGGAGUGGUGGGACAAGGUGGAAUCGAUAAACAAGGUGUGUGCCAAGUUCAGGAAAAAAACCUUGGAACAUCGUGAGUUGAUGGAGACGGUUUUCAUGGGGGCAUCAGCUACUGGUAAGCACCAUUGGACCCCGGGAGAGAAACUUCCUGAAGCUGCUGAUGACUCAUCUGAUUCAGUGCAUAGUUUGAGAGCCCAGCCAUUUGCUGAUCCGAUACCCGCAGGAGUACAGGACGUGGAUUCAAAUUCUUCACUGGAGCAUGUUCCGAUUGAAAAUGGGAAAAGGAGAAAGACGCCAUCAACAAGUGUUUCAAAGUUGAAGAAGGCAACAAGUGGAGCGUCAGUUAUUGCGGAAAGCAUGAACAAUCUGACAGAUGUGGAGUGUACGAAGAAUCAGUAG